AUGAACGAGGAAGUAAUACAUAUUCUCAAACUAAAAAAUGGCGUCGAAGUCGGCCAGUUUGAGGAAAGCACAAGUGCCUCUGUCUUGUCAUUUUUGUAAUGAACAAGAAGUACACUGGAAAUGUGAGGAAUGUGAUGUAUUCAUGUGUUCGUCGUGUAAGGAGAAAAUCCAUCAGCGUCUAAAAUCUGCCCAAGAUCAUGAAAUCAUUCAUGUUUCCGAUCUUUCGAAGGAGAACCGAUCUCAAAGGAAAGUUGAAUCGAAGGUAAUUUCUUCCGUUUUUAAUUUCUACACAACCGAAGUACCUUGUAUCAAUUCUUUAUUGUGCUCUGGGGAUGAUUAUGUAUACUUUAUGUGUCAUAACCCUGAAGAAAAUGCUCGAUUAGUUAAGGGGAAGAUGCUUAAAUCCUCCAUCAGGAUCUUGCAAACAUUAGAAAAAGCCAUGUUUGACAUAGCAGUCAAUAAAAAAUGUGAAAUUUUUAUCACUAAGAUGACUGACAAAAGCAAUGUGUGUAUUGUUACUAGUUCAGGCGAGAUCAAAACAGUUUUAGAUACUUCUCCAAUGAUACCGUUGUCUCUGCAUGUUAAUAAAGACAAUGAAUUAGUAGUUGGGUUUAGAGAACAAGGACCAGCAGAUCAAAUCUCAGAAUUUUCUGUCAGACAAGUUAUCAUUUUUGACAUCUACUUUAAAAGAAAAGUGACAUUGGAAACCGACACAAAAGGCAGGAAACUGUUUAGCUAUCCCGCUCGUAUCAAAACAGAUUCUAAAAAUGUACUAUAUGUAGCCGACUGGAUUGAAGAAGAUAACACAGGCAGAAUAGUCGCAGUAGAUACGAACGGUCGUUUGAAGUUUACAUACAACGGUAAUCCAGAUCUAAAAGCAUUCUCUCCGCAUGGAAUCGCUAUAACAACUAGUGAUAAUAUCAUACUAUCAGACUUCAAAAACAACGCACUUCAUGUUUUGAAUUCCAGAGGUGAAGUUCUUGGACUCCACUUUGUUGAUAAAGAAUAUGAAAUACAACGACCGGUAUCUUUGUGUAUAGACAAUGAAGGAUAUUUAUUGAUAGGCAAUUGUCCAUUUGUAGACAAUAUACACAAUAGUGCAAACAUUUAUGUGACCAAGAUUGUAGAUCAUUUCAUGUGAACAAGAUAAUAUAGCAUUUUAUGUGAACAAGAAAAUAUAUAGUAUUUCAUGUGAACAAGAUAAUAUAGCAUUUUAUGUGAACAAGAAAAUAUAUAGUAUUUUAUGUGAACAAGAUAAUAUAGCAUUUCAUGUGAACAAAAUAAUAUAGCAUUUUAUGUGAACAAGAAAAUAUAUAGUAUUUCAUGUGAACAAGAUAAUAUAGC